AGCUAUGGAGAUGGAGCGUUUUCCUGGCUGCUUUCUUUGACAGGUGUUGAGUGGGGCAAAAGUCUUAAAACAGAAUCCAGCAUGUACGCCAAAGGUAAAGGAGCGGUGGUCCCUUCCGACAGCCAAGCCCGAGAAAAGUUAGCUUUAUACGUGUAUGAGUAUUUGCUGCAUGUCGGCGCACAGAAAUCAGCACAGACCUUCCUGUCAGAGAUCCGAUGGGAGAAGAACAUCACACUCGGGGAACCUCCGGGAUUUUUACACUCGUGGUGGUGUGUAUUCUGGGAUCUGUACUGUGCCGCCCCGGACAGGAGGGAGACAUGUGAACAUUCCAGCGAGGCCAAGGCCUUCCACGAUUAUAGUGCGGCCGCUGCCCCCAGUCCAGUGAUGGGCAACAUGCCACCCAACGAUGGCAUGCCGGGAGGACCCAUGCCACCCGGAUUCUUUCAAGGUCCCCCAGGAUCUCAGCCUUCCCCACAUACGCAGCCUCCCCCACACAACCCGAGCAAUCCCAUGAUGGGCCCUCACGGACAGCCAUUCAUGUCACCGCGGUACCCGGGCGGUCCGAGACCCGCGCUCCGCAUGCCAAACCAGCCGCCCGGGAGCAUCCCCGGAUCACAGCCUCUCCUGCCAAACAGCCUGGACCCCACCAGACCUCAAGGACAUCCAAACAUGGGCGGGCCGAUGAGAAUGAAUCCCCCUCGAGGAAUGGGAGGCAUGGGCCCACAGAAUUACGGCGGAGGAAUGAGGCCUCCUCCAAACUCAAUGGGGCCAGGGAUGCCCGGCAUGAAUAUGGGUCCUGGCGGAAGGGGUCCAUGGCCUAACCCUAACAACAACUCAAUAGCUUAUUCGUCUUCAUCUCCGGGCAACUACGUGGGCCCCCCAGGGGGCGGAGGCCCACCAGGAACUCCCAUCAUGCCGAGUCCUGGAGAUUCAACAAACUCGAGUGAAAACAUCUACACGAUGAUGAACCCUAUCGGCCCUGGUGGAAACAGACCUAACUUCCCGAUGGGACCGGGGCCAGACGGGCCCAUGGGUGGCAUGGGCGCCAUGGAGCAGCAUCAUAUGAACGGCUCGCUAGGCUCUGGUGACAUGGACGGGUUGCCAAAGAAUUCUCCCAACAACAUGGCAGGCAUGAACAAUCCCCCUGGCACUCCGCGGGAUGACGGCGAGAUGGCAGGCAACUUUUUAAACCCAUUCCAAAGUGAAAGUUAUUCACCCAACAUGACGAUGAGUGUGUGAUUCUUUUUUUUUUUUCAUUAUUAUUUUACUUUUUAUUUUACUUUUUCAUCUCCCUUUUAUCCUCCCCACCCACCCACGGUGCGACUUGCAUUGCCCUCUUUCCUUCCCCUUCUCCUCCCUCAUUCGUGUGGAUCGGCGCGCAGCCCCUCGGGAUGCCCAUGGACAGCAGGACCCCCCUCAAGGGCCCCCAUCCCAGCGUCUGCAAAAUGGGUGUAAGAACAUGAGACUUUCUUCCUCGCCUGCUACGACCCCCAGCCCUCCCCACCCCUCCUUGUCAUGAGCCUUGGAGCGCCCACCCCCCCCCCCAAAAAAAAAAAAAAAAAAUCACACCAAAUCCGUUCAACCAGUCAUGAAGCUCAACAAAGGCAGAAGUAAUAAGCACAGGCCCAUAAAAAUGCACAAUUUUGUUAUUUUUAUUUUAACUCCUGGCAAAUCUCGGCGUGGUGCUCCAUUCAAGGCCCUCUGGGUAAUGGAAUAUCACAUUCGGAGCACAAAGUGUUUUAUUGACAAGUAAACAAAACAAACAAAAAAAAAAAACCACUCGGUCAGUAUUUUUACUUUGUUUUUAUGUUGUGACAAUUAAUUACCCAUUAAUGUGUUAUGUUCAAUGGCAAUUUCUAUUGUAACAAAGGUAGAUAUCGCCUUGUGCUGUACAUACAGUACAAUACAUGUACAUAUGUGAUGGACAGUGGAUAUAGAAAGCUUAUAGAACGGCUUCACUUUAUUUGGGGUUAAUCAGUGGCACUUGAAAUGGUGGCAGGUGUGUGCUGAAUCCCAUUUAACAUCAGUUUGAAUGCGAUUGGUUCAUUCCGAAAACAGCUACAUCCCCAGUUUCGAGGGUGUGCACACUUGUGCAACCACAUUUUCUCAGUUGUUUAUUUUUACUGCCCCUCUCAAGAAGAUAAAAAUUCACUGUACAGGUAACAGGUGCCAAAAGCUUUUGAAAUGUUUUUUGAUUUCAUGUAUUUGGAUCACGGAAACCAGGCAUUUGAAAAGGGGUGUGUAGACUUUUUCUAUCCACUGUAUGUCAAGGUACAUCAUGAUUUCUGCCAAGUUCAUCUUGAAGCAGUUUUACAAUGCACUUUUUUCCUAGCCUGAGGUCGGAAACUUUCAGUUUCCCAGUUUCACAGAAUGCAACAUAAAUCAAUCAAGGUUGAAUCUUUUGUGGUGAGCCAACAGAUUUGAUCUCAUGUAUAAAUAUUUAACAAUUAUUUCUGUCCUUUUAUUCUUUUUAUUAUCUUUUGAUUAAAUCCCUAAAAUGUGUUUACCACCAGAAUAAUUUUUUUUUCAUUUUUUAAUUAAUUAUUUUUUAAUAGCGUUUGACAUAAUUAAGCUAUUUUUGAUUCAAGAUUUAUUGUGUUUAUUUGGACUGGAAUUCAGUUGUGGUAAUUGUACCCUUUGGUAUGAAGGAGUAUUAGGGCCACACCGCAAACGUAAAUUAUAUUGUGAAAAUUAAUUUUAAAAAAUGCAUUUUUGAUAUUCAGAAUAAAGGUUGAACAUCUCAAGAAUUAAGUUAAACUGUUAAGCCAAGUUAUAGUUUUACUAGAAAUAGUCAUAGUAUUAUGAGAAUAAAAAAAUCCUACUUGUACAACCAUAAACCCAUUUUAUUUUAUACUUCAACCAUAUACCUAUUGAGGAUUAAUUUAAUGUUUCACAUUUUCUUAAAAAUUAUUUCUUGCACAAAUAAACAAUUAUUUGCUCAAUAUUAUUACAUAAUUCUCACAUUACAAUUUGUGUUUGGGGGGGAAAUACACCUUUAUUUUCAUGAUAUUAAACUAUUAUUUUUGUAAUAUGACUUAUUUUUACUUGAAAAAUCUAAAUCUUUAUUCUUAUAAAACACUUAUUUUAUUAGUAUACCAUCACACAAUUUUCUUGGGAAAAAUCAACUAUCGUGAAUGAUAUUCCAAAUUUAUUCUUUUAAUUGUGUGACUUUUUCUCGGAAAAAAAAAAUUCUCCUAACAUUAUGAAUUUUUUCUUUAAAAGAGAAUGCAACUUUAUCCUUGAAGUACAACUUUAUAUCCUUGAUUUGUUCACAUUGUUAAAAAUAAACCUAAUAACAAUGUAAUGGCUUGAACCAAAAUAUUAUUAGUUUAUUCUCAUAAAAUAAAAAUAUAAACCAAUUUUUAUCAGAAUAAUUGCCCUUGAUAAUGCAACUUUUUUUCUUACAAAUUUAAAAGUAAAAACACAACUUUAUAUAAACUAUAACUGUCUUUGUUUUUCCAUUUUUUUAAUAGCAUGGCCUUAAUGCUUCUUCAUACAUUGGUGAAAUAAUCCAUACUGUUAGAAAGAUGCCAUAAACAACCAAGUGACGUUUGUUUUUUUUUUUUCCAUGUUGUUGUACCAGAUUGUUUUGAUGCGUUCACCUAAGAAUAAUCCACAGAACGUCCACGAAAUCUUCAUUGUAACAUGAUUCAUCCUGUACAUUUUUCCUGAUUAUAAAGGGAUGAAAAUAUUAUGAUUAUGUUAUGUGCUGGGUGGUUAACUCCAGGAUUUGGCUCCCAGAGGUGGCUCCAACUCCCGCCGGUCAACAUGUCGACAAACACCCUCCCUUUAUUUCCUCCAAUACCACCCCUUCUUCCUUUUGAAUUUUUUUUUCCAUUUUGUUUUUGUAAAUACUGUACAAUGCAUUUUGAUAUCAUGGACAUGUUUUGAUAUGUCAGUCACUACCGAUGAGUACAGCUGAGAGUAAAUUAUUAAUGAAACUGUCCAUGUUUUUUUUCAUAGAGGAAAGAGGACACCCGAGGACUAUUUGGCUCACAUGUGGCUGAAUGUCCACUCUUGGGGGGAUUGGGGAGGGAGGGGGGGGAGACAAAAAAUUGUUCUAGGACACAGAGAUGACUAGAAGUAAUCAUUAAAACCUGACCUCAUAUAGCAGUUUUUAAUAUGAAGGAAUUUUUUUAGCCAUUGAAAACACUCAAGUGGAGUUUGUUAUGAAAUGACCGUGGGGGGGGGAGAAGAGAAACAGUACCCUUUGCUAUGGAGCCCUGUAUAGACGCUCUCUCGGUUCUGUGUAUAUGGAUCAUCUCUGUACUUCUAUCGUGAUGUAUAAUACUGUACCAUUAGGAGUAAGAUCUGCUGAUGUUGAGUGUGGGAGGGAGGAGUGGGUCGGGGCUUUCGGGCGGGACAUAACGGAUUCUCCUGCAGUGUUCAAUAUGAAGCAGUCUGUCUCCUGGUUUGCUUUGUAUUUCAUGCUAGGCUAGUUGGGAAUCUUGUCUUAGGGACGUAGAUGUCUUGUGUAGGUAAUAAAGAUGUUCUUUGUAUGUUUCUUUAUAUUGUAAAGUUUCUUUUGACUGAAAGGAGGGAGAAAAAAAAAUUUGCUUAUCAGAAAGAAGAAACAAUGCAUCGAUAAUAAAUGUUAUUUGAUUUUUA